AUGGAGACAGUCUUCUCACCGGACGCAGUCGCCCGUCAAAUUCCUGCGGAUCCCAAUGGAAAACUCAUCGAGGGUACUGUUACUGAAAAAGCUCAUGUAAUGUGCCGGAAUGCCCGCGCCGUGCUCGGAGCCGCUGGCUCCGGCCUGGACAAGGUGGUAAAGGUUAUGAUCUUCUUCAAGGACUUCAGAGAUUACAAGGCGGUAAAUGAUGUGUACGCCGAAUACUUCCCACACGGUCCUGCCCGCUCCUCAUGUGAGGCCACAAAGCUCCCGGCUGGUGCUUCUAUCGAAAUGGACAUCAUUGCUUUGCAGUAA